UCACGUUCUAACCGGUGUUCACUACGCGUUCGGACUCAUUGGGCGUUAAGACAUCGCGGCGUGUAGUGUUCAAGUAUCUUCGAGCUUAUAUAUCACUUGACACGAAGUGUGUCAGACUAUUUAGAGCUUCAAUAAGUGCUCUAAAUAUUCAAUAAAAAAUAAAAAGCUUUAUAUUGUUAGACUAUUUCCCUGCAUAACAAUCAAAUGUGCUGUGACAUUUUUGGAAUAAAAAAAAAGAAGAAGAAAUAAUUAGUGAAAUAGUGAAGUUAUGAUGAAUGUUAGCAUGCGUUUAUAAUUGGUUUUACGUAGUGAAGAUUUUGGAGUUAAAAAAAAGAAAGGUGAAAUUAACGAGAAGUCUAUGUGCCAACCGGAAGUACUUCACCAUUAGUUGGUGGAUUUGUAGACUGGCACGGACAAGCACCACUUGCUUUUUCUCUCUUUUAAACUUGUCUAUCUUUAUCCUUGUUCCUAGUUAUAACUCCUUCCAUACAUCAAUUGCAUCAAGGUCCCUAUUAUUUUGUUUCUCUUUGUUUUAAUAUUUUUAUUUUGUUUUCGUGAAUUCCCUCGUGUUUUUCUUUGAAGCGUUCUUUGGAAGUUCGUUUGCGGGCCCUUCUUAUUUUCAACUCACUUCCUGUCAAAGUUUUUUUUUCUCUUCACUCGACUCCUUUUUUUUUCUCUCUACUCUCACACGAUCCUAGUCUUCUUUUAUCACACUGCAGUAGUAGAGCAGCCUUGGGGUUAUACUGUCGCUACAUUCAGUCACUUUCAAGACUCUUGGGUACGUGUGUACUUGUCUCGUUGUCAUUCGGCUCUUCACGCGCGUAAACAAACAUGAAGAGAGUAACUCAUCAGUCAUUCUGGCGCGGAAAAAUACAGGGAAAAGAAUAAAGUCAACAAUUAAAGUCAUAAAGUACACAUAUCAGGAAGUGAAAUCACAGUGAGGAUGAAGUCAUUGUGGUUUGAAGAAGUACGUUUGACAGCAGAUAUGAAGAUGCUGAUGAGAACUACGAUAGAAGGAUCAUCAUUAGGCUGAAUUACAUUUUAUUUAUUUAUAUUGAGGUUAAUAAUACAUUUGGAAAAAGGUGUUUAUAUAUGUGCAAAUACCUGAUGUGUCAAUAUAUAAUCCUUAAGAAGUGGAACCAUGUCACGUGUCGGCAUUAACUCACCAAAUUUUGUGCAUCUGACGUUGUCUUGUCAGCCACUACAUCUACUAUUGUUUGUACUCAUUACAACUAAUCUAGUGGAUGCGAGUGAAUUUCCUGAGAGAGAAUGCUGUGAUCCAAUUUAUCCAAUACCAGAGCCGACGAGUAAAGUGCCGUCUGUGCCGGCUCCUACAGGAAAAAGUGGUUCAAACAUCAAGAUUGCACAGGCCAUUCUUAACUGUCUGUUUGCUAGACAGUUAUGUUUCGAGGAUCCUUCUUGCAGUGCAAUUUUAGAAAUCAUCCCUCGAGUCUGUGGUCCAGAAUUAGUGGCCUGCUCGACAGUCACAGUGACUAAAUGUCAAGUAGCUUUAAAGACAUUACAAGCAUUUUCGUUCUUCCGGCCUACAUGUUUAUGCAAGGAGCCUCAUGUAGAUCCUGAAUGCAACAGCUUCCAAAAUUUUCUCUUUGAUCAUCCAUGCAUCUAUGUCAUGAAAAAAGAUAAGAAUCCUUAUCCAGAGGACGCGUUGAUGACUUGUAACCAUGCCUUAAGUGUUUGUCAACGAGUGAUACCAUGCUUUAAACUUUACGAGGACUUCAAAAAUAAUUGUAAAAUACGAGAUGGCAAAUGUAAAAUGGAGAGUCGGGAGGCAUGUUAUGAAACUUGGUCACAAAUACGACUAUCACUCAUGUUUGGAUGCAUUUGUCCAGGGAAUCAAAUGAAAAAACGCUGCGAUAGAAUAUUUUUAACAGUAAAUCGCAAUCCAUGUGUGGACUUUCUGCCCUCCUCCGCGUCCUUAGAUCUAUCAGGAACGGACUCGGCCUUAUAUCCGUUCGACCCCCAGCAGGAGAACUUUCAAGAGAUCUGGUUGCCCCCGACCAGUAUGUACCCCUAUUUUCUCUUCCCCCCAACCGCGCGCACCUACAACUAUGAUCUCGACGACAACGAUCGUCACCGUCACGGGCAUUAUGGCUUGCCAGAAGUGCCAGGUAGUCCCGGGGUCGGUAAACACAAGGUAGAUGUUUACCAUGAGUACGAUCAAUACCCACAUGUGGGUGUCGAUCACUCGGGACCUGGUGGCUCCAGUGAAGAACGUAGAAACUUGGAAAUAGAUCAUGAGGACGUUUCUUCUUCUUCUUCUUCUUCUGCUUCUUCUUCCUUAUUUAAUCUGCCCAAGCAUGAAAAGGCCCCUGAGCACUUGCAGCCAAUUGAGCAUGAUCUUGACAGACACGAAUCUAACCUUGGUAACCAACACUAUCACCAUUACUUCAAUUCGCACCGUCAUCGCGAUUGGUAUCAUCACAAUAACCAUUCCGCUGCACCUCGACCUGCACCACAGCCUGCACCACCUGACAUAGAGAACGAGAACGAUCCUGCACAACCAGCACCACCGCUACAACCUGGCACCAACGUGUUUGCACCAAGACCUACCUACGAGCACGGGGCAGUCGUUGUCGACCGGAUUGACGACGCUUUUGGCCUACCGGUCGAUCAACUCUUCGACCUCAGUGAGGCUUUCGAAGGCUUCGUUGCUCAAGUGAGAAUCGUCGCACAUCCUGACAAUACAACAAGCUUCGAGAUUAUUGAAUCACAGUUGGAGAACCCACUCAUCGAUGCUGACCAUGAAGAUCUUCAUGCACUCAAACAACUCGCUUUACCUGGCUUUCGUCAUCAACCACAUUAUCAAAGGAACCAUACACCUGAUGAUCAUGAUGAUUCAUCAGGGGAUAUUGAGAACGUAAUACAUCAGCCAGUAAAGUUAAUAUUAUCAAGCACGUGUCAUCAAGCUUUCAGUAUGUGUCGGAAUGACUCUACGUGUAGAGGUCUUCUUCAACCAGUAUUAAACCAUUGUGACGCAUCUCGCUGUGCUCGAAAUGAGUGUAUGAACGCUCUCCAACACUUUUACAAGAAGGCCAAUGAUAGUCACUCCAUGGAGAUUGCUUUUUGUCUUUGUAGAAAAACUUCAGAUAGGUCAGAUGAAUGUAUUAUUGCUCAAGAAAAAAUGCAUCCUGAAUGUGCUCAAGGUAUUCAGAGUAAUGACCGCAAUGAUCUUCCAACCUGUCACAGUUUAGCUCAAUCCUGUCGAGAAAAUAGUAUAUGCAGGAGUAAAUUGGAACAUUACGAGCAGAGCUGUGCGGUGGAUAGUUUGACAAAAAAGUGCGCCGGUCCGCCUGCGGACUGUAGAAGAGCAAUGUUGGGGAUUCUCGGCACAGAAUUAAGGUCCAAUUGUGCCUGUAAGGGUACCGAACUUACGCAAAUGUCUGAUUGCCUUGGAUGGCAACGACUUCUUUGGGUUAAUUCUUGCGUAGUUGAUUCGCAGAAGGACUUUCAUGCCCGGAAAAAGCAUCACCAUCAUCUACAUCCCAGAACAACAACAUCGACUGAAGCGUUAAGCACGACACCAACAUUUCUAGCAACAACACCUACAAUAACGGAACGUGCUGAAGAUGAUAAUGUAAUACCAGAAGUGACGAGAAAAGAAACGACUCAACCAACAAUAACUUCCGAAACUAGCAUUAGUACAACUAUUACGAGUACAACUUCAAUGACUACAACGGAACAAAUAACGACACCAUCUACAACAACCACUAGCACUACACCACCACGUUUUUGUGUGUUUCAAAGACCAAGUCAAAGCCAUCAUCAGUAUAUUCGUGAGGGUAAAGGAAAAAGGCUUUAUCAUGACAACGAACCAGAAUGUUCGGACUUGUGUCAAUGUGGUGAGGGUGUAACGUUAGUCUGCAAUACAAUAUGCGUUAAAUCGUCACCCUGCAAGACAGAUUUUGCGUUCUAUAACCAUGCAGCACCCGCUUACCAGGCCUACCGUGGUCGUUGUUUGUGUUACAGUGGUCGUUUCAUAUGCAUGCGACCUUCUCCAGAAACCUACAAUAUACCUCAUGGAGUCUUCAUGUUCCUUGGAUAUAGCGAAACAGAUGAAAACCUUCUCAAACCUCACAACAACUUAACUGUGCUUGAUGCGGUAAAUUCGUUAGACAGUUUCAUGAGAGAGCAAGCUAACAAUCAGACGGUAUGUACUCUUUUUUUGUACAAUGUAACGAGGGAAAACGUAAUUGCGGUGGCACGUCUUGGUGGAGAUAAUCCACCACCUAACAGUACCCAAGCUCAGAGUUUGCAACACCUGCUUCGUAUCAAGGAAGAAUGUGGUGGUAUGCUUCAAGACUUGAGCGAUAAGAUCAACAACAAACACCAAGAAGUGCAUACACACCCACUUCUAUCAAUCUUUAAAAUGGCUGAGGUUGAAGUGAAACUACCACCCGGUAGCAAAGCAACUAAAACAACAAACCCUUCUUCGUUUAUAUUAUUUAUCAUCUCAAUCACAAUAUUUAUGCAGUGGAGUUAUCCGUCGAGUUUAAAUCUCGUUAUAAACGACAACUUAACAUCGUGACAGAGAUUUUAAUUUUCUUUGAUGUGAUAAACUCUAUAAAGAAUGGUUUAGUAAUGUUUUCAAAUACGUAUGAUGAUGAUGAUACAUAGAGAAUAAUUUAGUUCAAGUGUAUAAAGAAACAGAAAAUUUACUAAGAUAGCAUAUAUAAUCAUGAAAGCCUGAACGAAUGAAUGAUAGCAAUCAACUUCUCAUUGUCUUUCCAUGUAUUUUUAUUAAAAAUUCUAUUUUUCUUAGUAAUAUUAAAUUAUAUAUCGUUUUUUCUUAAUGAAAUUCAUUUUGAUGAAGUUUAGUAAAAUUUAUGGAUAAUUUAAUAUCCAUGAGUCCUGUUAAAGAAAAGUUACUAGAGUUUCAUUGAUAAAGAAAGCUGUCACAAUAAGAAUUUAUAGCUCGUACCAAGUUUCCUGUAGUAUUUCAUUUUUACUGCAGCAUUGCAGUUUUACACGUGCAAUUCACGUGAAAAUUUUUUUCUUUUCAUUAUUUUAUAUGAAAAUAAUUUGAAUAAACCAGUAUUAUAUAAAU